AAUAGUGUCUGAUCGUGUUCUCGAGACUCAGUUGCACUUCAUCCCACACUCCACGAUGUUGUGUACCCCCAACAUUUCUCCAAAUUCCCCUUGAAAUACAGAUAAAAUCCACCGGAUAUGAUCAACCAGACAUUCAAAAAUUUCCCUCUCCAGUGAAAAUCGCAAAAAAAACCAAGAAAAUGAAGUUGAAGUGGAGUUUCACGGCGAAAUGAGUGAAAGUGGAGGGGUGAAUUUUCUUUGAAAAAAAAAUUCGUGCAGCUAGGAUCAGAGAUUCUGCUAUCAGAUAUCAACUGUUUUAUCAAUUCACCAUGGAUUACUUCCCCAGACUUAUCAUUUUGCUGUUGUCAGGAGUCGCUGGAGGGGUAUCGGUAACAUCUGCCCUCCACUUCAAAGUGGAGCCCGAAGACACAACGGUGGAGGAGGGUGGCCCAGCGCGUUUAGACUGUACCGCUUCAAGUGCCUUUGGUCCAGUGACAAUUCAAUGGAGGAGUGAGGAUGGUCAGCCCAUAAAUUUUAUAGGCGAUGUUUAUCGCUCUCAAUUGGCCAAUGGAUCGCUCUAUGUAACGAGUGUUACCUCGGACAACGCCGAGACAACGGGGAAGUAUCAGUGUUUAGCAUCGGUGGAUGAUGUCGGAGCGAUUGUGUCGGGGGCUGCGGAAAUCAAGGUCGCGACACUUCCGGAAUUCCAGGAGGAGCCGCGGGAUACUAUGGUGUAUCUGGGACAGAUAGCUUAUCUCGUUUGCUCGUUACCUAUGAUUGAGAGAGGUAGAGUUAGGGUGCAUUGGCUGAAGGACGAACAUCCUCUGAUGAUUGAUGACAGCAGAAUGAGUCUUAUGCCGUCUGGGGCAUUGGAGAUCGAUGACGUGAGGACGCAGGACGUCGGGGCGUACAGAUGCAACGUCAGUGGAUACGGUCAAUCUCGCCUUAGCAGGAAAGCCCAACUGUCCCUUCUCACCAGCGACCUGGACCAAGCCCCAACGGCUCCAAUAUUUAUCGCUAAGCCUCAUCAACAAGUCGCAAUUGAAGGUUCUACCAUUACCCUCGAGUGUGCGGCAAAUGGUUACCCAAAGCCAACAAUCCUCUGGCUGAAGGAUGGAAUAACCGUGGACUUGGCAGCGCUGGACUCUCGCUACCGCGAGGUAGCAGCCUCCAGUCUCAUGAUCACUGAUGUCAUGGAGGAGGACAAUGGCUCCUACCAAUGUAGGGCUGAAAACCGAGUGGAGACGCUUGAUGCAGUUGCUGAAGUCGUAGUCCAGGUGCCUCCCAGAUUUGUCAAGCGACCAGAGGACAAGGUGGCGAACAAGAAUCAAGACUUGGAGUUUGAGUGCGAGAUUUCUGGAAAGCCAGAGCCCCGGGUUACUUGGCUGAAGAAUGGCGAGAGGAUCACGCUCAGUGAAUAUUGGCAGCUAGUCAACAGUAAUAAUUUGAGAAUCAAUGGCCUCCUUGCUAUUGAUGCCGGGAUCUUCCAGUGCAUCGGGGUCAAUCCUGCUGGCAGUGUUCAGGCAGCUGCUAGGCUAACCAUCAAUAUUCCGAAGAAAAAUUCUUCCAAGACAACGACGCCAAAAUCAGCGAUGAAGAAAAAGAAAUUGUCUCAUCAACGAUUGUAUAAUAACACUUGGCAGCAUCCUAGUACCCUUCUUGGUCAUACAUCAGCACCAUAUACCCCCCAUCCACUGUCCAUGGACGAUCCCUCCGAUUUGCACCGUGAAAUUGACGAUCCCAUUCCCCUGUACGACCCUGCCUCCCAUUUUCUAGAUGACACAGAUGGCCCUGAUGUAGCUGAAGGAAGUGUACCAUCAGCCCCUCGAAACCUCAGUGUCGUCAUCGUCAAGUCGAGGUUUGUCACUCUGAGGUGGGAGGAACCAGAGAACACGAACGGUGAUGCUCUGACCUACAAUCUCUAUUACAAACAGGAGGGAGCACAAAGGGAACGAGUGCUGAGCACAGGCCAUAAACAACUUGACGCAGUGAUCAGAAGUCUUCAGCCUGGUGUCACCUACGAGUUUCGAGUGGUCGCCCAUAACCUCCGAGGGGCAGGCGCCUCCUCAGACACCCUCAAGGUAACCACUCACUCAGAGGCUGACGUUCCAAGUCCCCCACUGAAUCUCAAGGGCAUGGCGACCAGUCCCAGCAGUAUCAAACUCUCCUGGCAGGAACCCACGGUCCUCAAUGGUCGCAUCUCCAAGUACAUCAUCACCUACAUGGAGGGAGAAGGCGAGGGUGAGAAAGUACGGGAAACAACGAGCACCACCCACGAGCUGAUAGACCUGAUACCGUAUACGGAGUACAGUAUCUGGGUUCAUGCUGUUAAUGAGAAUGGACCUGGGGCAUCGACUGGGGAAAUCUCCAUUAAGACUUUCAGCGCUCCUCCCUCUGAGCCACCCCACAAUGUCACACUAGAGGCGGCUAGCUCAACAAGCAUCAUCAUCAGGUGGGAACCGCCCCUGGAAGGGCGGAAUGGCAUAAUCACUGGGUAUAAAAUUCGGUAUAGGAAGCAGGAUAGGCGAUAUCCUUCUGACACGAUCACCACUGAAGGAAACCAACGUCUCUACUCCCUGACUGGUCUCGAGCGUCACUCGGUCUACCACAUCCGAAUUGCCGCCCUAAAUGCCAAGGGGAUAGGCCCUUGGACCGAGUGGCUGCCAAUAGAGACAUACGAGAACGAUCUCGAUGAAUCGGCGGUCCCCUCGGCCCCAAGUGCACUCAAGUGGGAGGUGAUGGCCAACUCUAUACUGCUCCGGUGGAGUCCUCCCAAGGACGACGGUAUCAAGGUUCGCGGGUAUAUUGUUGGCUGGGGCAAAGGCUUUCCUGAUGGUUACACGCAACGCCUUGAUGGUAAACAGCGAUUCUUCUCACUGGAGAACCUCGAGCCCCUGUCGGAGUACGUCAUCACUCUGAGAGCUACCAAUGAAGCUGGGGAGGGUCCUCCUAUUUACGAUAAUGUCAGGACUACUGAGAAGUCCGUACCGGAAUCCCUAGCUCCUCUCAUACCUCCGGUUGGACUUAAGGCCAUUGUUCUGUCCGCCAACACUGUCGUACUUUACUGGACUGAUAAUUCUUUGUCUAAGAGCCAGUAUGUGACUGAUAACAGGUACUACUUGGUGCGAUACGGUCCCUAUCACCCCGGGUCUUUCAAUUCGAAGUACAAAUAUUUCAACGCGAGUGAUCUCAACUGCAUGAUAAACGACCUCAAGCCCAAUACGCAGUACGAAUUCACAGUGAAGACGAGGAAAGGCAAGAGAGAGUCGCCCUGGAGUAUGCUUGUCCUCAACCAGACCCAGGAGGCCGAACCGACCACUUCUCCAAGGGACCUCGUAGUUCAGGGGAGUGAGGACAGACCCAGUUCGGUUAUACUCAAGUGGCAACCCCCCAAGCAACCCAAUGGACAGAUCAUCGGCUACAUUCUGUCGUACUCCACGGACAAUACAAAGCGAGACAGGGAUUGGCUGGUGGAGGGCAUCGUCGGGAAUAGGACGGAGUAUGUCGUGAAGGGCCUGAGACCUGGCACCAGUUACUACUUCAAGAUGCAAGCGAGAAAUCUCAAGGGGUAUGGGCCAUUCUCCUCGACGGUGAUGUUCAAGACACUUCCCAGCAAUGGAAUGGAUUACUAUGACGAUUUGCAUGACGGAGAUGGUAAGGGCCUUUCCGGAGUUUUUAUCUAUAUCAUCGUCGGCUGCACUAUCGUUCUCCUCACGGGAAUAGCCAUUGUCGUCGUAUUCGUCUGCUGCAAACGUAACCCAGAUUCUCCAGAUCGUAAAAAGAGCUACAUGAAAGAUCCGGCCCAGAAAACGAACAUAAAACCCCCCGAUCUGUGGAUUCAUCACGAUCAGAUGGAGCUCAAGGCCCUGGAAAAAUCAUCCAUGAACGGGGAGGCAUCCACAAGUGGAGUCGUCAGUAACACUCUCCCAAGAUCUGGAAAUUCUGAUUACAGUCAGGAGAAUGUCACUGUUAACUCCAGUUCUCUGGACAAACGAACAUACGUUCCCAGUUAUAUGGGGAGCAUGGAUGAAAAGUGUUCGACCCUGAGCAGACAACACAGUCGUGGUAAACCAAAACUCAUUACAUUACCUGUUGACGGUGGACCAAUGACACAUCCAGUAGCAACAGCAACACCAUUGGUUAAUGGCAGCAUGUCCCAGCCGACGAUCCACAACACCUGCACAGACGGUUCAGGCUCCAGGCCGACUUACCCCAGGACCGUUGCACAGUAUAGCCUGAGUCGAGCCCACAUAACUCUAGAGCCCACGCCGGAAUCAUCCCCUGAUUCUUGCUCCAUGCCGAGCACUUACGAUCAACUGAAUUCGCUGACGUAUGGGUCGUCAGGCCCCACGUACACGGCCAACAGUAAUUAUGCCCCAGGGCAUUACGGCGGAAGGGAGCAGUCUUCCAAUGGACCUGGAAGCACAGGAACAGGCGUUUCUGGUGGUACCGGUGGAGUCUCCUCGACGGGCACGGAUACUGGGAGUGUCAAACGUCUUCAGGGACAUCCCCUGAAGAGCUUCAGUGUUCCAGCUCCCCCACCGCAGUCGGCGCCAUCGACUCCCCAGCAGAAGCACGGAAUGUCACAGGUUACGGUAAGGCCAAGUGUGUCGGGAAGUCCUUACAAGAAGCAGCUCGGCUCCACCAGUCAAUUGACGAAGAAUCGACUGGCCUCAGUCUCUUCCGCAUCUCACACGCCCGAGGAGAUCGAGAGACUCAAGCCCUCCUACAGCACCGAAGAGCUCAAUCAGGAGAUGGCCAACCUGGAGGGCCUUAUGAAGGAUUUGAAUGCCAUCACGGCCUCGGAGUUUGAAUGUUGAGAGGUUUUUAAGAAAAAAUUUCAGACUGAUAGUCAUCAUUGACAGAGAUCGGAACAACUUUUAUAAAUUUAUAAAUAUUUUUUAUUGUAUAAUGAAUGAAUGAAUUUUGAGAAUUUCAUUUCUUUAAAAAUAUGGUUAAACCGGUGAAUAGUAAUUAAAAGAGACAUUAUUUAUUCAGUCAUGAAUUCUGGAGUGAUAAUCAUCAUGAAAAUUAUUUUACUGCCGAUCUCUGACAAUCGAGGGAAGAAUGUUGAAAGAUAUCUUGUGGGGAAUUUAAUUUCCCAGCCUGAAUGAUAUGCGCCGACAUUUUUUUCUAUUCGUAUAUCAAAACACUGUCGAUAUAUUACCGAAUUAUUUGAAUGGGGAAAAGGCAGUUAAAUUACCUUGAUUAUUCAAUCUCCCAAAGUGCCAUCAUCUUGUGUUUCAUUAAAUUUUUUUUAAGGUGAUCAGAUCAUUUUGACGGCUACGUACUGCCAUAGUUAAAAACGACGAAGGAAAAAUCAUACAAUUUUCCCUGAAUCGUAAGCACUUGUAAACGAUUUCGCUAUUAACGAUUAAAUUGGGGUUGAGACCAAUUUUUAACGAUAGAGACAGUUCUAGAAGGUCUCUGGGGGAGUUUUAUAUUCCGAAUUUCGUAACUAAUGUUCGAUAGACUAUAUUUUACGGUCUAUGGUUCAUAUUUCACCAGUGAGUGAUGGACUUUCACGUUUUACUAACGAUUUCAUUAUGAUUAAUCAGGGGAUAAGAGUGGCAGAGUCAGCCUAGUAUUACGAUCUCAUUGGAACCUACUUGGUAGUCUAAUAAUUAAUUUUAUAAUUUCUUUGAUUGAUUAAUUUUGUAAGUUUGAUCGUACAAAUAAGCUCUUGGAGCUCAGAUUUUUAUGCUAAUUAGACUCUUCGCGAUUAUCUCGGGAAUCACUGAAUUUAUCCAAAAAUUUGCACAGCCUUUUUUGUAGAUGAUUAUUACCCGCAGAAAAAAGUAUUGUCACAUUUUUCGAUAAACCCCACCGUUCUCAAGAUAUUCGCAAUAUAAGUUCAAGUUUUCCUUCAAAUCUAAGGGAAAUCGGCAUUUACUGAUUUUUAAUUUCUCUUAGAUUGUUUUUAAUCCCUUAAAAGCCUAAAUCAAGGAAUUUUUAAUGGAAUUUCAUUGCCUGAGAGAUUUAUAUCCACUUUAAAACAUUAUACAAUUUUAUAACGAUCUCUACGAAAGUAAAAACAGAAUUUUUCACGAGAAAACGACUUAAAGAAAAAAAAAUUGACUACAAAUUAUUGCAGCUAAAUCCUAAAAUUAUCAGGCACAUUUAGAAACUCCAAGAAAAUUUUUCUACUCGAUAAAUAACUCAUAGACUUCAUCUUUAAUGAAUCGAAUCGAUUGCAUAUUAAAAAAUCGCGUCCUGAUGCCCCGUUUUCUACGUUUUUAUAAAAUCAGCAAUUCUAAAGAGCAAUUGCUUGUAAUUUUGUCCGUUACCAGGACAAAAGCUUGUACAUUAUAUGUAAUUGUAAUGAUAAUUACGCGCAAACGUAGUGACGCGGUGAAAUUAAUCAAGUGGCACGGAAAAAUUCAUGUGUCCACACGAAUAACUUCACCGCAAAAGUAAUUGAAAAAUCGGGCAAACCAGGGAAAUCGGUGAGCACAAAAAAAAUUUGCCCAUUUUUCAAUCCUCCAAACGAUAUUUAUAAGCCCAAAAAAAUUGAUAUAACGUUGGCCUAUCUCCAAGAAGCCUCCGACCUAUUUUACCACAAAGUAAUUAAAUAAUUGACUAGCCUAGCUUCAUCAGUAACCAUGAACAUUUGAUAUUAUUUAUUGAUAAAUGAUAGAGAUAACGAUGUAUCACUGAUGUGGGGACCCAUAGUGAGCGACUGGAUAAUGCACGAUGAGGAUGAUAAUUUUUUGAAUAAUGUAAAUACAAACACCAGGGGAUCUCCACCUUCUACGAAGGGACGAAUUUUCAUAAUCAAUUUAUUUAUAUUGGAUUAGUGUACCGAGUAGAUUAUUUAACGAUACCAUUGUAUUUGUAACAUAUUUAAACGAAUGCCGCCAUCCAUAGCAUUUUUUUAUGGUGAACAAUUUUUAAAUAGAAUUUUUUUUCUUUUUAUAAUGUGAAGCAUUUGUAACAAGUGUGAUAAUAUAUUUGUAAAACAUAGAUUUAUACAAUAAAUGUAUAUGGACCUUUA